AUGGACGACCAAGGCCCCCCUAUACUCACGGCCGUGUCCAGCUCUGCGCGGCAAUUGUUUUCGCUCCUCCGUUGCAUCGCCUUCUCAAAUAAAGCACACGUCCAAAUCAGCGACAUAGGCAUCAAGCUCGCAGUUGACGAGGCGAGUAUCAUGGAAGCAUCCGCCUUCCUCGACAAGUCCCUCUUCACAACCUACACAUUCAAUCCGCCCGCCGUGCCAGAACCCUCGCAACACUCCGACAGUGACGACGACAUCGACCCAGCACCCGCUGCAACACCAUCCUUCCAAAUAUCCCUCCCAGCCCUCCUCGAAACCCUCCAAAUCUUCGGCCUCACCGACCCCUCCACCUCCAAACCACCAUGGGCGCGCGACGGCCCCUACCCCACCAGCACAUCCUUCACAGGCAACAACAUUCUGGGCGGCAUGAACAAUCUCUGUCGCAUAAGCUACGACGGCCCCGGCGCUCCACUAGCAAUAACACUCACAGAAGCGAGUAUACGCACACAAUGCGAUCUCACAACCUACGAGCCAGAAUACAGCGACGAAAUACCUUUUGACCGCCAAGCCCUCGCCUUGAAAGUAAUAAUGCGCGGUAGCUGGCUCUAUGAUGCCGUGCAGGAACUCUCAUCUACAAGUCCGGAGAAGCUGACCAUGUAUGCAAAAACCGUGCGUGGGAAACCUUUUUUCGCCCUCUCGUCAUCAGGUACCUUGGGUUCUGCGCGCGUCGAAUUCAACAAUCAGCCCCAACACCCCUCUGCAUUCCGCACCCCUGCUUCCACAAAUGCACACGCAGGCGGCGAGGCGAAUGAACCGCUCACAAAUCUCCUGGAAACUUUUCAACUUAGCGAUCCGGAUACCGUGCUUCGGUCGUCUUACAAGUUUAGCUUAAUUCAGAAGGCUGCUCGUGCUAUGAGUGUGGCUACUAAAGUUAGUAUACGCGCAGAUACCCAAGGCGUGUUGAGUUUGCAAUUUAUGAUUGAUGUGGAGGGUGGGGGUUCAGACGGCAAUGGUGGCAAGAUUAGUUUUGUGGAUUUUAGAUUUGUCCCGCUUGUUGAAGACGACGAUGAUGAUGAGGGCGAGAGAGGUGAUGCGGAUGAGACGAUUAUGCAGAAUGGUAUUGGUAGCGAUGAGAGUGAUGAUGAGCUGUGA